GCGUGUGCAGCGCCAGUGUACAUAUUCUGUGCAAAGGCAGAAAGUAGUCAGUUGUGAGCCUCCAAAAUGUGGAAGUUGAGUGCGGUUUUCGUCGCUAUUAUUCUCUCUAACGUCGGUGGUUAUAAAUUUGACGCCCUAACAGUGGGCGAAUUGGCAUUGAAUUUGGUCCAUUCGGAAUUUCGUAGCAACGGGCUGCUAAGACUAACGUAUUCGAUUAACAAUACGGACAACAGUUUGGUGCUUGAACUACGACGAAAUGAGAUGACAUUACCGGCCGGUUUGGUCAGUCAACGACGGACGACUGAUGGAGUGAAACGUCAGCUUCUGUCAGAUGAAGUUUCCUGUCUCUUUACCGGAACUGCCAUUUGGGACGAAAGGAGGAAGGCACGUGCCGCUCUGGAUGUGUGCAAUGGAAUGAAUGGUUAUGGUUACAUUUUUUCUGACCAGAGUCGUUACGUUGUUCGUCCGGUAGACGAGAAUAGAAGCGGAUUGGGCAGUUCAUUUGCGGUUGGACGACGCGUCCGUCGGAGCACAGCAACAGGUGAUGUGGACCUGGAUGAUGGUGGUGACGUACGUCGUAGCAGUUCAACGGAUAUGACUAACCUUGCUGAAGGAAAGAGAGUUCGUGUGGAAGUGGUAUUGGUUGCAGACAACGACGUGCUGCACUUCUACGGGUACAAGACAGAAUCGUAUCUCCUCUCGCUUAUGAAUACAGUGUCAACUCUUUUCAAAGAUGGAUCACUGGUAGACACGGUGGACAUUUCUUUGUCUGAACUCAUCAUUUUAGAAGAGAAUGAUGUGGACUUGGCUGUCACUGCUAAUGGUCAUAUGAGUUUGAAGAAUUUCUGCAAAUGGCAGAUGUCUGCAACAAAGGAGACAGCUACUAGAGGACAUCACCACAUUUCCGUCCUCCUUACAAGAAAAGACAUUUGUGAACAGGAUGGACAAGAUUGUCAUGUAUUAGGUUUGGCCAACUUCCAAGGAGCUUGCAGUGAAACUAGAAAUUGUGCAAUAGUUCAGGAUACAGGAUUACAGACAGUCGUCAGUCUUGCACAUGAAAUCGGGCAUUUGUUGGGCAUGAAACAUGAUGGCGAUGGGAACGGAUGCCUUACUGACAGUCAUAGUUAUAUUAUGGCAGCGAAAUUGGGAGAACCAAAUGGAUUACAUUCAAAGUGGUCAGACUGCAGUCGAGAGUAUCUUACAGCCUUCUUAGAAAGCGAAAGUGCAUCAUGCUUGAAAAAGGUGUCACAACUUUCUACAAAUCAUGUUGGUCAUCAACAGAAGGAUGCUGGAAAACUGCCCGGCGAGGUGUUUACUCGGGAGGAGCAAUGUGAGAUCAUGCACAGUCGAGGUGCAAAGCCUUGUCAUUAUUCAGGAAACACCACAUGUGGUGUCAUUUGGUGUUCCACGCCGACAAAACAAAGAUGCAUCACGUAUGGAGUGAAAUGGGCCGAGGGCACAUCGUGUGGUUCAGAGAAGUGGUGCAUGAAUGGACAGUGUGUCAGUAAGACAAACAAGAAACUUCCUCCUGUCAAUGGUAGCUGGUCUGGGUGGAGUGAAUUUGGAUCCUGCAGUCGCACAUGUGGUGGUGGAGUAAGAUCCGCUCACAGAAAAUGUGACAACCCCAGUCCUAGGAAUGGAGGCAAGUACUGUCAGGGAGAACGUCAUUUGUAUAAAUCUUGUUCUCUCGAAGCUUGUCCCAGAGGGAGUCUCUCAUUUCGAGAAGCUCAAUGUGCUCAAUUUAACAACAAAGCAGUACGUGUUGGCGGAAGACUACUACUGACAACUUGGAAACCCAAACAUGUAACAAAAAAGGGGCAGGAAUGCCGACUGCUGUGUUAUAACAAUGACAUAUCUGUCCUUGUUGAAAUGACUCCGGUUGUAAAAGAUGGCACGCAUUGUGGGGAGAAGGACAAAGGCAUCUGCAUUCGAGGCAUUUGCGUGAGAACUGGAUGCAAUCAUAUCUUAGGAUCAAACAAAGAUUAUGAUCAAUGUGGUGUUUGUGGUGGCGAUGGUAGCAGCUGUGAUGUAGUAAGUGGCACCUAUAAAGCUAAAAACCGAGGUUUUAACACUGUUGUCGAAGUGCCCAAGGGUGCAGUCAAUAUCCAAGUUGAUCAGCCAUCUUUCUCAUAUAGAGACGGCACUUACCUCGCUCUACAAAACAGUAAAGGCAGUUACUAUUUCAACAACUUCUACAUUGUAACACAAGCUCGAACUUACCAAGCAGCGGGCACUGUUGUAAAAUACAGUGGAGCGUCAUCAUCUCCGGAGCAAAUAGUAGCUAAAGGACCACUUGACGACCAACUUUUGGUCAAGGUGCUGAACUUGAGAGCUAACCCACCUGUAGUUCAUUUUUCAUACGCGGUACCUAAAGCUUCUUAUAGAAUACAAAACAACACGAGUGCUUGGCAAGGAGACGCACCACUGCAGCAACAGUACGUGUGGGUUUACGAGAGGAAGUGGUCCACUUGCAGCAAACAGUGCGAAGGUGUACAGUUUAGAAGAGUAACUUGCAAAGGGGCGCAGACGAACGAAGUUGUCAGCAACUUGCUAUGCAAUGGCAUUAGAAAGCCGACAGAGCAUUCCCGACAGUGCAACACCGAGUGUCCCACCAGCUGGGUUGUUCGAACUAAGUCUCGUUGUUCGGUUUCUUGUGGUGGAGGAAUAUCUACAAGGCUCGUCUUCUGUGUACAAAUGAUUGGGACACCGGAAGAGAAACGGGUGUCCGACAGCAAGUGUUCUAAACCUCGUCCAUCUGAUGUCAUACAGUGUCAUACAAAUCCUUGCCCGGCAUGGAAAGCAUCAGAUUGGAAUGAAUGCUCGAAUAGAUGUGGACACGGCAUGCAGCAAAGAACCGUGAAGUGUACGAGUGCCGACAGCGAUGUGUCGGUUUCAGGAUGCAAUCCUCGUCAAAAACCUGUCUCCGUUCGUUCGUGCUCUGACCUCACCUGUCCCGUCUGGGUUGUGCAAAACUGGACAACAUGUUCACAUUCCUGUGGGGGUGGAUUACAAAGUGGUAGCAUCGUCUGUCGCAGUCAAGGUGGCCAGGAUAUCUUACCCGUUUUCUGCCAACAUAUUCGUAAGCCACAAUCAUCGAGGAGCUGCAACGAACACAAUUGUUCACAGUGGCGAGCGAGUAGCUGGAGUCAGUGCUCGAAGAAAUGUGGAAGUGGCAUCAAGACCAGAACUGUGAACUGCAUGUACAACAAUCGUAAUGUAGACUCAUUGUUGUGUGCAAGUUUGAGUAAACCAUUGCAGUCCAUGUCGUGUGUGUCAUCAAACGAAUGUGGUCAAUGGAGAGUCGGUCAGUGGCGACAGUGUCCCGGGCGGUGUGUCAGAGGGGUGCAAACAAGGCUUAUCUGGUGUCAGGACCGACAAGGAAAGAGAUUGCCGUUUGCGGGUUGUAAUCGAAAUACACAGCCGAGUGUUGUAAGAUCGUGUAGGGCAAUGUGUCCCGUAUGGCAAUCAUUUUCAUGGAGUCAGUGUACUGUCAGUUGUGGUGGUGGAUUGCAAAGGCGCUCAGUGCGUUGCAUCGACGAUGUAUCCGGCCAGGUGUUACAUACGAGUGCUUGUUCGCAAACGAUCAAACCAUCAGUGGUACAACAGUGUGGAGUCUCAUCUUGUCACGCAUGGCAUGCUAGUGACUGGCAAACGUGUUCUUGCGAUGGGGUACAGAGUAGGGAUGUGGUCUGCACUGAUGCUGGAGGCGAACGUGUGGAUGACAGUGAAUGCAGUGACUUGGAGAGACCUGCGAGCGAUCAGUCGUGUAUCAUCGAUCAAGCCGUGUGCUCUAACAGCCAUUGGCUUAAAACAAAUUGGAGUGACUGUAGUGUGGAUUGUGGGAGAGGCGAACGGCAGCGAGAUGUCUACUGUGUAGACAGCAGAGGAAACAGAGUUGCCGACACCGAGUGUCGAGGAAGACGACCUCGUGACCGACGGACGUGCAUUGUAAAAUAUGGUUGUGGCCAGUGGGUGACCGGAAAGUGGGACAAGUGUCCGACGAACUGUGGUCCUCGAGUUCGUCAACGUUCCAUUAAAUGUGUUGCACGCGAUGGAUCUCUCGCCACGACUUGUGACCCGAGUUCCAAACCUACAGACAGUAGACCGUGUCGUCAGAAAUGCUAGAUGGACAUCGUGUAUUAUUGUUAUUCUUCAUGUUGGAGAGUGUGGAUAAAGGUGUGUGAAUGUCCAUGUAUGUAACUUACAUUUCGUUGAGAUGAGAAUUAGUCGAGUUGGUGAGGAUUCGUGACAGCUUUAUAAUAUAUGUGUUUUAUAUUUGAGAGACCAGAAUUUUAAUAUUUGCUUUUCAAUAACUAAAUUUAGGACAGUUAUUUUCAGUGUUGCUGCUAGUAGAUAUUUAAACACCAGUUGAGGAUGCCAACUGCAACGAUAAUUAUUGUUGUUAGUAGUAUUAGUAUUAGUAUUAUUAUUGUAUUGGAACCGUUGAUUUGAGUAUCUAGGUCAUUGUGUCAGUCUGAGAUCUGUGAUACAUGCUGCCACACUUGUGAUUUUCAAAGUCAAGUGUAGGUUUGU